GGGGGCUGACUCAUUGCUCGCAGCAUUGAUAGUCACACUGCGCUAGCCCGUACGAGAGAGAUCCGCCGAUAUACUAUACACAUACAAGCACGCAAACGUGAGCGUCGAUAGUUAGAUCUACGGAGCGUGGCAUCUGUUCGACCAGGUUGUGAAGUCCAGCGCGUCAGCACUAAGUGAAGAUGAAAACCGCAGGUCCGCGUGCGUCGCUCGCCCUGCUGGUCGUCGGCUGCCUCCUAGCGGCGACAGCGACGACGACGGCGUUCGCGACGAUGAUGCAUCAGUCUGACGGAGUGAACGUCUACGAUGAGUUCGUGAAGUUGUUCAACAGUCGCGCCAUCACGCUGGAGAGCGUGCAGCUCAUCCGCCAGAACCUGCUCGCGAGGCUCACCUACUGCUCGACCUCCCCGCACGUCUGCGACGACUGCCUACCGACGGAGACGCUCUUCGACAUUGCCGCCAACGUGUCUGACAUUGACGCCGGACUCGACGAGUCGCAGUUUCACCGAGUCUCCGUCGUCAUGUUCUACGCCGCUCUCUACCCGGAGCGCGUCUGCCGGGCCCCGUCGCUCGACUACCUCGACUAUCGCGUCGGCAUGUUGAGCGCCCACAGGGAACCGACGCAGCAGGCGGACACGUUCAGCGUGCAGCAGCUGAGAGAGAUCCUGCGCCAGAUUAACGCCACCUACACGGCGACACGCAGUCAUGGGUUGCUAGAGGCAGUGCGAUCAGGAGCCUGCAGUACGGUACGGAGCCUGCAGUACGGUACGGAGCCUGCAGUACGGUAG